GCCAUCGAUAGGUCGCCGCCACAAGUUGCCCAGCCCUCGCAAGAAGCAGUUUAGUUACGUUUACUCCGUUACCAAAAAUCGCAUUAAAAAGGCGAAAAGCGAGCGUUUUGGUUUGGAAAAACAAGCGCAAUUCCCGGCCAAGUGGUCCCAGCAGCCCGAGUGAACCAGAAGAACGGCUUUCGAUCGCAAAGUCGGCAUUUCCAAAGUUGCGCGUUCACGGUGUGCGAAGAAGCGUGGCGUGUGUGUCGAUUUCGAGUUGCCCUACCUGUAGUUGUGUGCGCGCCUCUGCGAGAGAGUGGGAACGAAGUUUGCGGAGCCAAAAGAUAUAGGAAUUGCAAAAUACUUGGAAAUACCCGCUAAACACCACAUACUAAACUAAACAAUGUCCGAGGCAACUGUGGCCCAAAAGCCGGAGGCGGUGGAAAUAGAGAGGGGGGCGGCGGGGGACGACAAGAAGACACCCAAACGCACUCCCAAACGCCGCUCGUUCAUUGAGCGGGCGCAGCAGGAAAGCGAGGAGCUGGUGCGAACGAUGGGCGGCAGCUUGGAGCUGGCGGGCGGACGGCGGACGCGGUCCAGCACCCGAGGAACGCCGACGCGGGCCACCGAAACGGUGACGCCGCCGCCGAGCAAGAAGGCGCAAUCCCCCGCCUCGGCCACCAAGGCCAGCGCAGGAAAGGGACGCGGAGCUCGGAAGCUGGAUGUGGGCGGAGAUGAGCCCGAGCAGGAGCCGGAAAAGGAAAAGGUACAAACACCUGCCAAGGGAAAGGCCGCUGGCAAGAAGGAGAAGAAGGAGGCCAAGAAGGAGGAGAAGGCGGCUGAGGAAGAGGAGCCCGAGGAGGCGGAGGAAGAAGCCUCCAAGCCAAAGGAAGCCGCCAAACCCCUUGAGACCGAGGACCAGCCAGAUGCAGCGGGGGAUCUGCCUGCGGUGGCGGAGGAGGAGAAGCAGAACCAUGUCGACGAAGUCAAACCAAGCACAGAGGAGGAGAAGCCCGAGAAGUCAACCGAAGAGGUGCCAAAAGUCGAGGAGCCAGUAGUCAAGGCGAGCGAGAAGACCUCCGAGAACGGAGCUGCCACAGAAACUCCCGCUGCCCCCGAGGAAGAAACCGCCUCCGCCAUGGAAGUAGACGCAGAAGAGCCUGCUGUCGAAAGCACACCUUCAGCAGAAAAGGAACCUGCAACGGUUGAAGAGAAGAAACCCGAGGAGAAAUCGGAAGAACCUGCAGCAGCAGUAGCAGAGGAGCCAAAGGAGCCCGCCAAGGAAGCCACACCAGAGCCCAUGGAGGUGGAUGCCAGUUCGAAGAGCAGUUCGGACACGGCUCAAGUAGAAACACCUGCCACCACCGAGGAGGUUGCCGCCGCUGCAGAACCAGAAACAGCAGCAGAGGCAACAGAAUCCAGCAACGAUGUGGAGGAAGUGGCCGCAGAGGCGAAGGAAGCGGUGCCAGAAGAGUCCGCUGCCGAGCUCAAGGAAGCUGAGAGCACCGCGGUCGAAUCCGCAGAAGCAGAGCCCAAGAAAGCCGACGAAAGCAGCGAAGAGAGCAAGCAGAUCGUGAAUUCUGCGGAGCCCAAGGAGGAGAGUGCCACGCCGCCCGUAGCCGCCGAGGUUCCCGCCAACGCCGCCGCUGCCCCCGCCACCAAUGAUGUCAGCAAGACCGCGGAAGUCGAUGCCACCUUGGCGAAGGCCGCCGAGAGUCCUGCCAAGGAGCCGCAGGUGAUCAGCGAGGUCAAGAAGGCCGAAAUCAAUGUGAAUGGUGAGCCCAAGAUCGUCAACAGUUCCGCCGAAGUGGCCGAGAAUGCAGCGCCAAAGGUCUGUAACUAGACCCAACCCACCGCCGAUGGACAAUCAACAACUUCAAUGCGUUGCGAAUGUGUACAAAAAGCAUUUUUCAGCUCGACCGCCGAGUUGGUCUGGAUGUGUCGCCAGCUACAUGCAAACAUUUCGGAGUUCCCCCCUACGAUUUUCUCUUUUUAACUGACCAUUUGAUUUCGUACUCAGAAAUCCCUUUAAUUUUGAUGAUAGUUUCGCGUCUCCCAUUUAUUUUUAUUUGGUUGACGCGAGGGACGCCAUAGGCUGCAAUCGAUGCUGGACUUUCAAUGUUGCACUGUGUGCGUCAGCUAGACAGACAAGUAAAACGAGUAGGCAGUAGUUCCAGUUCCCA